AUGGCAGCUGCAGGACCGCACCAGGGCGCCGGCUCGCACCAGGCUGCCAGCCCUGACGUUCAGGAGCUGAGGCGGUCUCUGGACCAGCAGCGGGCCCAGCUGGAGAUGCCUGACCCCUGGGGCGUGUCCCCCUCUGCCCUGGCAGCCAAACAGGGCACCAGCGAUGCGGCCGGCGGCCGCGCGCCGCCGCGUCACCACAGGCGGCACACCCGGCCGCAGCAGCACGCCGGCUACGCUGGCGCGGUGCCGGCCUCGGCGGGCUGGACUCAGCAGGCGCACGCGUCGUCGCCCGCAGCGCGUGCCCAGGCCGCUGCUGCGGCAGCUGCCGCGGCCGCAAAGCAGGCCGAGGCCGCAGCGGCAGCUGCGCGUGCCGCGGCCGCGGAUGCCGCGCAGGAGGAGGAGGAGCAGCGCCAGCUUAAGGCGGCGCCCUCGGAGUGGCAGGCCCAGCUGGUGGAGCAGCGCCUGCAGCUGCUGGAGGCGCGAGCCCAGCUGUGUGAGCGAGAGGAGGUUGUGCAGCAGCUGCAGAAGCGCUUGGCCGCGGUCGAGGCGGCAAUUGCGGAUGCAUUGGAGGCCAAGCAGCAGCAGCAAGGGGAGCUGUUCGAGCUUCACAUGGAUCUGGAGGAACGGGCGGCAGAGGUGCAGCGCCUGCAGGAGGAGGCAGCGGCGGCGGCGCAGGUGCAGGAGGCAGCAGCCGCGGCGGCGGCCGAGGAUGUGGCUCUUCUGGAAGAGGAGCUCAAGGAGAAGCGCGUGCUGAUCGAGUGCCUGCAGGCCGACCUUGCGGCGGCUUCUGCUCGCCAGUCGCAGGCUGGAGCUGGUGGCGACGGUGAUGGUGCCCUGGAGGCGGCGCCGGCCCCGCCGCUGUUCACCACCUUUGGGCCCACGCUGAUGGGCAAGACCGUCAGGGUGUGGUGGUCGGAGCGGCAGGCCUGGGUGCCUGGGCGCGUGGUCCACGUGAUCAUGCCCGACAGGGUGCAGACGGUGGAGUGCCGCGGCGGGGUGGGACCCCGCAUGAUGCUGCAGAGGUUCCGGCUGGAGCGCGAGCGCUUCCAGGUGCAGGUGGCCGAGGGGCGGUGGGUGCAGUACGAGAAUGGCAGGCAGGUGCCGCCAGAGCGGACCGAGCAGUAG